GGGCUAUCCCUCGGCCCACUAGAGCAGCAGGGCAAAGUUGCCAUGCUGAAGAUAUAAUCACUCGUACCAUCCUUUGUCUAUCCGACCAGCCAGCCUUUCGCUUUCCGUUGUACGUUAGUUAGUCUGAGCCUGCUUGCACCGUUUGACCCUGUGUGUUCAGGCUUUGGCAGCUGUCGUUUACAUUUAAGUUCUUUCGUUCCUCCCUGCUUAAUCCAUAAUGGUUGCCUCGAUGUUCAAAGUAGCCACCGCCUUGGGGCUUUUCCUGCCAUUCGUCGCUUCAUUGACUGUACCUUCUGUGGAGUACCUCACACCCAGAGUUCCUGAGGUUCCGUGGAAAGAAACCGGUCUAUGGAGUGGCCACCAAAAACGAGACGGGUACAAAACGAACUGUAAUCAUGGGCCAACAUCGCGAGGAUGCUGGAACGGCGACUUCGACAUCGACACGGACAUGGAUCUUCACUGGCCAAAUACUGGAAAGACAGUCAAGUAUCAUUUGACUAUCACGAAUGGCACAGGAGCCCCGGACGGUUUUGAGAGACCAAUCUUGUUGAUCAAUGGCCAAACACCUGGACCUACCAUCCUGGCAGACUGGGGCGAUGAUCUCGAGAUAACCGUGACCAACGACCUCCAAACUAACGGCACUGGUUUGCAUUGGCACGGUCUAAGACAACUCGGGUCAAAUGAGCAAGAUGGAGUCAAUGGUAUCACUGAAUGUCCAAUUGCACCUGGUGACUCCAAGGUCUACAAGUUUAAGGCGACACAGUACGGCACCACGUGGUAUCACUCGCACUAUUCCGUACAGUACGGCGAUGGUCUCGUGGGUCCCAUGAUCAUACGGGGACCAGCAACAGCGAACUAUGACAUUGAUCUUGGUGUGCUGCCGAUGACAGACUGGUUUCACGCGACCACAUUCACAGUGAAUGCCGCCGCUGUUCAUGCCAACGGCCCUCCAGUUGCAGACAACGUUCUCAUCAACGGCACGAUGACGUCUGCCGCAGGAGGAAAAUAUGCAGAGACGAUCCUUACUCCCGGGAAAACGCAUCUGUUGCGACUCGUCAACACUGGUAUCAACAACUACCUGCAUGUCGGCCUCGAUGGCCACUCUUUCCAGGUCAUCUCCGCCGAUUUCACACCAAUUGAGCCUUUCUGGACUGACAACCUCAUCCUCUCAGUCGGUCAACGUUAUGAGAUCAUCAUCAACGCAACCGAGCCUAUUGGCAACUACUGGUGGCGUGUAGGUACUGGUGGUAGAUGCGACGGUCCCAACGCAAAUGCGGCGAAUAUCAAGAGUAUUUUCCGGUAUGCUGGCGGACCAGCUGGGGAGCCCAAUUCGACUGCUAGGGUUCUACCAGUGGGCUGUUAUGACGAACAAAAUAUCGUCCCGUAUGCCAAGACGACUGUUCCCCAAGAGAUGCCCGAAUCAUUGACUUUCGGUUUCAACGACAACUACACUAGCGAUGUAACACAGAGCCAGGGAUUGGUACAGUGGCUCGUAAAUGGUAAUCCGAUGGCGAUCGACCUCGAUCGACCCACAUUACAAGAUGUGUUGGAUCGUAACGUCACGUACGGAAAUAAUCGGCACGUGUUUGAAAUCGAUGAGAAUCACAAGUGGCAAUACUGGGUCAUUCAACAAGACACCACCAACAACACUGCUCCACCACUACCCCAUCCCAUCCAUCUUCACGGGCACGACUUCUACGUUUUGGACCAGCAAGAGAAUGCCGUUUGGAAUGGUGACAUUUCCCGGCUCAAGACCAAUAAUCCCAUCCGUCGAGACACAGCCAAUCUCCCUGCCAGAGGUUACCUCGUCCUUGCCUUCGAGUCUGACAACCCAGGAGCAUGGCUGAUGCACUGCCAUAUCCCCUUCCACGUGGCGGCCGGUCUUGGUGUACAAUUUCUUGAGCGCUCGUCUGAGAUUAAGGCCAAGGAUGGAUUUGCCGAAAUGAAGAGGACGUGCAAGAACUGGCAAACGUACCACAGAAUAUUCCAUCCCAAUGGCAUACUCUUCCCGGGAGACUCUGGGCUAUAGGCAGCCUGGGAACUGAUCACUCUCCUCUUCGAUUCAGUUAUAUCACUUCUUCUUCUUUUUUUUUUC